AUGGAUGAUUUUUCGCUAGCCUUCGACGACAAUCGCCAGUCACUGUCGGUGGCAACGGCAGCCACCACGCUGGCCCAGCUUACGUCGCAGUUCGAUGAUCUACAUCUUGGCAAUGGCGAUACGACGGCGGCCAGCCUGCUGAACGGACUAGUCGGUAGCGGGCUCAGCAGCAUCAGUGGCCUGCACAGUCACCAUCAUCACACGCUCGCAUCGUUAGCCGGCGCAGACAGUGGGCUGAUCGAACGGCAUCACCAUCUGAACGGGGGCAUUGGCAAUGGUUGCAGUAACGGUGGUGCCGGCACCGGUGGACAGUCGGCCAACGCCACCAACGUACUGGACACGUUCGUAGCGAUGGUUAGCGGGCUGACCGGCGUGUGCGCGAAUGGGCCCACCAAUGGCGGUGGAAAUGGUGGUAUAACGCAGCAGGGCGGCGGCGGUGGCAAUAACACCACCAACACCAACACCACCCUGAACAGCACCAACAGCAAGCUCGAGGAGCGCCCGGUAAAGUAUAAAUCGCACACCGAGUGCGUCCCGGUACCGUCGUCCGAGCACGUGGCGGAAAUCGUUGGCCGACAGGGGUGCAAGAUUAAGGCACUGCGGGCCAAAACGAACACCUUCAUCAAGACACCGAUCCGCGGCGAGGAACCGAUAUUCGUCAUCACCGGCACGAAGGAGGAUGUGACGCGCGCCAAGCAGGAGAUCCUCUCAGCGGCGGAUCACUUCAGCACGCUACGUUCGUCGAAGAAGCAGGCGAUUGCGCUGCUGGCGGAGAGCCGCAACAUGCUCGGGUACAGCAUGCCGGAUGAGAUCACGAUCCAGAUACGGGUGCCGCAGAAGGUGGUCGGGUUGGUCGUCGGUCCGAAAGGUGCGACGAUCAAGAACAUACAGCUGAAAACGAACACGUACAUCAUCACGCCGAAGCGCAACCAGGAGUCGGUGUUUGAGAUAACCGGGCUGCCGACGAACGUGCACACGGCACGGCAGCUGAUCGAGGAGCACAUCGCAACGCGGGCCGGCACAACGUCCGCAACUGCCGGUGGCGGUGGGAAUGGUGGUGGUGGCAGCAGUGCUGGCAGUGGUAGCAGCAGCAGCAGCAGCAGUAGCAGCACCACCAGCUCGAGCGGUUCGUCCUCCUCGUCCGGGCACGGUAUCGGGACGGGCGGCCUAAGCCGGUCCGGUUCCUCCAGCGUUGCCAGCAAUGGGAACGGUCCGAACCUGGGUUGCCUGUCCGGUAGCGUAACCGGCAGUGCGGGCUCCCUCAUCGGUGGUUUUCUUGGCGGUGGAGGAGGCGGUAACGGUCUGCUUAACGGGAACCAGUACCAUCACCCACAUCACCAUCUGCCGGAGCAGCAUCCGCAUCAUCAGCAACAUCAGCAUCAUCAUCAUCAUCAUCACCAUCAGGGGACGCUACUGAACAGUGGUCUGUCGAGUGCCUUGAACGACGGUGGCAGUAACGGAGGAGGCGGUGGCCUGCUCGGUGGCAUUGGUGAGCAUGACUUCGAGGGCAACCAGUUCAUCAUCGAGAAUCUGCUCGAGUACUUCAACAACAUGUCCGGCACGAACGCUUACAACUCGCCGACAUCGAUGGGCGGUGGACCGGGUCUCGCGACCGGUACGGGCACGGAACACAUUCCGGACUUUCGCAGCAUCUGGGAGAAUCUGAGCGAAAGCCAAACGUCCGUCACGACCACCGAUACAGACAAUUCGUCGCUCGUCUGGACGCUGCCGUCAUCGCCACGGAACUCCGUAUCGUACAGCCCGGACGACUUUAUCUUUCAACGAUAA